GAAGAAACUAUAGCGAUGAGUGGAAGGGGCAAAGGCGGCAAAGGACUCGGAAAAGGAGGCGCUAAGCGUCACCGUAAAGUUCUUCGUGACAACAUCCAGGGAAUCACCAAACCCGCCAUCCGCCGUCUGGCUCGCCGUGGCGGAGUGAAGCGUAUCUCUGGUCUGAUCUACGAGGAGACCCGCGGUGUGCUGAAGGUGUUUCUGGAGAACGUGAUCCGUGACGCCGUCACCUACACCGAACACGCCAAGCGGAAGACCGUGACCGCCAUGGACGUGGUGUACGCUCUGAAGAGACAGGGCCGCACUCUGUACGGCUUCGGCGGUUAAACCCUAUUCAUACCAACUGAAGUAACUAAACGGCUCUUUUAAGAGCCACACACCUCACUGUAAGAGCUUUGGGUUUGAAUGCUAGUAAUGUGGGAUACCACUGACUUCCUUUCCGAUCCAAUACCAAGUAAAAUUCAUUGUGGUAUCGACAAUACUGAUCCAAUACCGAUACUGUGUACAAGAACUUGUUUUAUUCAUUAUAUAUUUUAUUGUAUCUAAUUAUAGCGUCAU